AUGAUGGCCGCCGACGGCGAACGUCAGGCUCCAAUGCAUCCCUACCUGCGGCGUGACAAGAAUCACACUCGUCUUAUUGUUAACGGCAAACCCUUUCUCAUGCUUGCCGGUGAGCUGCAUAACUCUUCUCUCAGUUCGGCCCGCUACAUGGCCGACGUAUGGCCAGCUAUGAAGAAACAGGGCAUCAAUACCUUGCUCGGCUCCGUGUCCUGGGAGCAGAUCGAGCCAUUCGAGGGCAAGUUUGACUUUUCGGAGCUGGACAAGAUUAUUCUCGGCGCUCGGGAGCACGAUAUGCGUCUUGUACUCUUAUGGUUCGGUGCAUACAAGAAUGCUCUCAGCACGUACGCUCCUUCGUGGGUCAAGACAGACCCGCAGCGAUUCCCGAGAGUACUAUCAAUAGAGCCAGGGGGCGGCCAAAAGAUUCUUGAUACUAUAACGCCCUUGUCUACGGAAUGUGCAGAGGCGGACGCAAGGGCGUUUGGCAAGCUGUUACAACACUUGAAGGACUUUGAUGCAGACCACUCUACUAUCCUCAUGGUCCAAGUGGAGAAUGAGCCGGGGAUACUGGGCGAUUCGAGAGAUAGAUCUUCCCUUGCUGAAGCGGCUUUCAGGGAGCCUGUCCCGGAAUCGCUUCUCCGUCACCUGGCCGACAACCCACAUCCACUGUUUGCAAAGCGAUUCCCCAACGUCCCGAAAGACGGAGAGCACUCAUGGGAAGAUGCCUUUGGAGCCGGAGCGCCGGCCGACGAGGUGUUUAUGGCUUUUCAUUUUGCCCGGUACAUAGAAAGGGUCGCCGCUUUCGGCAAGAAGCGCUACCCAAUACCACACUAUGCCAACGCCUGGCUUAACCUGGAUGGCCUCGAUGCUCUAGAUGCCGGUCUCGCUUCAUCAGUGGUAUCCAGUGCUGCCGUCGCCGGUGGUUUUAGCCCGGGGCAGUACCCUUCUGGCGGACCUUGCGCGCACGUUCUUGAUAUCUGGCGAUUUGCCGCCCCUUCGUUGGACUUUAUCUCGCCAGAUCUCUACUUGCAGGAUUACGAGACGGUAUGUAAGGAUUUUACAGAUAAGGGAAAUCCACUCUUUAUUCCGGAACAAAGGCGCGAUGAACACGGGGCUCGCAGGAUAUGGCUCGCCCAUGGAGCGUAUGGUGCGUUAGGGGUAAGUCCGUUUGGCAUCGACACAGGUCCGGAAGCCGUUGGCAGGGAGUACAAACUUCUGAGCCAGGUCAAGGAUCUGGUAGUGGGUUCUUCGCUGGUCGACCGCCUCGGAUUCUACUUUGAUGAGAUACGGGAUCGAAGACUUGAGAAGCCAUGGACUAAGUUGUUCGGGGAUAUGCAAGUCACCGUUGAGCGAGCGUCUGUCUUUGGUAAACCGGGCCCUGGUGCCGGCAUUAUCAUCAGGCUGGCUGAUCAGAAGUUCCUACUUGUCGGAUACGGCUUCCAGGUCUCCUUCAAGAGUGUGAAAAAGGGAGUCGGGUUCACCGGGAUUUUGAAGGCCAAAGAAAUGGAAGUGAGUGAAGAGGGCAAUCUCCGUCCGCUGCGCCUGUUGAACGGCGAUGAGACGAGAGGAGGCUCUGCUGUGGUCUUGCCCAACGAAGAGCCCAGCCCAGGAGAGUUCCCUAUUGCGACUUGCAUACCUGCUCGCACGGGUAUUGCAGAGGUUGAAGUUUAUGUUCUAAACAAGGCGACCUAG